GUGUGUUUACGGCAGUGUCGUGAACGCCAGCGCGGUCGUCCUCUGAGCAGUAAAGCCCGUCAGUCGCCCUUCAAACUCCUCAGAAACAUCUCUGCUCUCGGAUCUGAAGCUCGGCCGCCUGAAGUUAAAACCAUGGCAGGGACGCUGGCCCGCAAAGCCAUCGACCACCUGAAGAGCAAAGAGUUCAGGGACUAUUUGAUGAGCACGCAUUUCUGGGGUCCUGUGGCAAACUGGGGUCUUCCUAUAGCUGCCAUCACAGAUAUGAAGAAGAGCCCUGAAAUUAUCAGUGGCAGAAUGACCUUUGCUCUGUGCUGUUAUUCACUGCUCUUCAUGAGGUUUGCCUACAAGGUGCAGCCUCGGAACUGGCUCCUGUUCGCAUGCCAUUUGACCAACGAGUCGGCACAGCUGGUCCAGGGAGGUCGCCUCAUCAAAUACAACCUUGAGAAAAAGGGAUAAUCUUCAUAAAGAAGGCCGGACGCUGAGUGGCGCUGUGCUGCAACAACCGUGAACCCGGAUAUCAGAACUCGUGCACCGCAACAUCAAAUUGAAUCAGUAAUGUAUUUUAGGAGAUAAUUAACCUGAUGUUAGAGAGAUUGGUAACUCGCUAAGUUUUAGUCACUUUAUUACACAGACAGAAGGAAGUUGGUACUUUUGUUCUUGUAGUCAGGACUACUGCAGUGAUUUAGUUUUCGAUUUUAGCCGCAUUUGAAGUGACACACCAGUCUGAAAGCCAGCGUGACAGUUUAUCUUGUUACCUAGCACAGAGGAUGCACCACUCGCUGUUACACACUUUCAGACUUUCAAGUUUAUCCGAUAUUCUUUUUUUUUUGGUAACGUUUCAUUUCAGGUCGUUGGUAUAGAUACUUUUUUUUUAUCACAUCAUGACCUGCUUUGAAAAUGAAAUGAAUAACAGUUCAGCUUGAAGUCAGCCUGUGCAGGAUGGUUCAUGCUGCUUUUCACAGUACGCAGACUUCUCCAAUAACUUUUCCUUAAAAGACAGCAACAGCAGCUCAGCUGUUGGUGUCACUGUAGGAGGUUUGAUACUAUGCUGUAAAUGUCUGUAUAAAUGAUGAUCUUGGUUCCAAACAUGAAUACAUAAUCCAGAUAACUGUUUAAAUUAAACACGAUCUCACAUUGUAAAGCAUUGUAGUUUUGUUGAUGCCUGAGUUGAGAAUGUUUCAAUCUCGAGUGGACAAGCUGCUUCUGUCGGUGCUGACCAAAUGUACGGUGUGUUGUUGUCAUUCACUUUAAUUUAUUGUCACUGUAUAAUUGACAUUAUUUUCCCCGAUAAAUGCUUUGAUUCUCUGGGUUUGUUAAAAUAAACAAGCUUUGAAAACACA